AUGGCAACCUCAAGAGGCCUGCGGCUGUGGCUGCCUAAGCCCAAGACCUUCCUCGGCCUGAUGAGUCUCCAGACCGGCACCGAGAUGAUUUCGAUAACGCUCCUCAUCAACAAAGUCACGGGCCUCUACGGGCUGCUCGCAAUCCUGACCGGCUUCUCCCUCGACGCGGUCCAGCUCUCCAUGUACCUAUACUCCGUCGCCGUGCUCGGUGCCCUCGCGUUCCUGAUCCCGCACAUCCGGAGGCAGACUCCGUUGCAGAAUCUGUCGCUGGCGUGGCUUUACAUUGUCGACACGGCUGCCAACGCCGCGUACACGGUGACGUUUGCGGUGCAGUGGUACCUCAAGUCGGGCGGCAACCCGGAGGGCGACGCGGCUGAGCAGGCCACGGACACGGCAGCUAGCAUGGUGCUGAUCGCGGGGUUCACACUAUUCAGGGUGUACCUGAUGCUCGUCAUCAUGAGCUUCACGAGGCAGGUCCUGCAGAGACACAUGGCCGGGUUGGCCGGCGACAAGGGCGCUGUAGUGCUGCCGUUUACCACCGGGUCGCCCGACAGCGAGGGCUGGAGGGGCAAGCUGGGACGUGCGAUGCUAUUCGUUGGCCAGGACUACUGGGUCGGCGUCAGGGAGGACGAGGAGUGGGCACCUGGCCAGCGCGUGCCGCUGGUCGCUGAUGAAACCGACGACGAGUAG